CCCUGCCACGGUCACUCUAUUCGAGAUACCUGGAAAGUUUGCAAGUUUUUUCGUUUUGAUAAACUAUCAAUUGUUAAAAUGGUGGUCAAAGCUGUCUGCGUAAUUAAUGGCGAUGCCAAGGGCACUGUUUUCUUUGAACAACAGAGCAGCGACACGCCCGUGAAGGUCACCGGCGAGGUGUGCGGCCUGGCCAAGGGUCUGCACGGAUUCCAUGUGCACGAGUUCGGGGACAACACCAACGGCUGCAUGUCAUCGGGGCCGCAUUUCAAUCCCUACGGCAAGGAGCAUGGCGCCCCCGCCGACGAGGACCGCCACCUGGGCGAUCUGGGCAACAUUGAGGCCACUGGCGACUGCCCCACGAAGGUCAACAUCUCCGACUCGAGGAUCACGCUGUUCGGCGCCGACAGCAUCAUCGGACGCACCGUGGUGGUCCACGCCGAUGCCGAUGAUCUCGGCAAGGGUGGCCACGAGCUGAGCAAGUCCACGGGCAACGCCGGUGCUCGCAUUGGAUGCGGCGUCAUUGGCAUUGCCAAGAUCUAACUGAUAAUCUAUUCCGAAGUCGGCCCUUGUGCUGAACUACUCUAUUUAGCACUACCUACUGGAGAUAUGCAAAAGAUACGAUAUACUUCUACAUAUACAUAGCCUGUGGUCUGUUAGUUUAAUACGCAACCUUAAAGGUUCAAUAAAUUGGUGUUUUUAAAUUGACCUAUACCCGAA